AUGUCUGAUGGAACAACUUUGUUUAUGAACAAUCAGUCUAUCAAAAUUGAGCCACCAGAAUAUACAGAAGAUGACGAAAUUGAUGGUGUUUUUAAGUCUGUCAAGUGUUCUGAAGAUGAUAAAACUUGUCUAGAAAGAUUCAUGAAUUCUGAAAUAACUAUUGAAGAAGAAAUCAAACAGGAGGUAAUUCAGACACCUGGUGAUGAAUGUGACGAUGAAAAACCUUCUGUAUGCAAAAUUUGUAAUAAAGCAUUCACUACAAAAUCUCUAUUAGAUCAGCAUGUUUGUGAACAGACCAUGGAACAACCUUCAAGUAUUAAAAAAUCUGAUAAUCCAAAACAAGAUAGGUUUGCUCAUUCUGAAGAGCGCCCCCAUAAAUGUUCAAUUUGCCAUAAGACAUACAAAAUAAAUUCGCAUUUGAAAGUUCAUAUGCGUAAUCAUACAGGUGAACGUCCAUACAAAUGUGAAAAAUGCAAUAAGACAUUCAUAGAAAAGGGUCCACUGAAUUCACACAUGCUUAUUCACUCUGGAAAAUAUCCUUAUAAAUGUGAAACAUGUAACAAAGGGUUUCGUACUCAAAAAAAUUUAAUAGAUCAUAUGCGAACACACACAGGAGAACGCCCCUAUAAAUGCGACACAUGCCUUAAGACAUUCAUGCAUACAAUUUCUCUUAGAUUGCACAAACGUAUUCACACUAAACAAUUUCCUUACACAUGUGAAUUAUGUAACAAAAGAUUCAAUCAAGCAGGAAAUUUAACUAGUCAUAUGCGUACUCAUACUGGAGAACGCCCUUACAAUUGCAAACUCUGCGAUAGAACAUUUAAAUCAUCGAGUGCUGUGAAAAGGCAUAUGCGUACUCAUACAGGAGAGCGCCCCUAUAAAUGCAAGAUAUGCAAUAAGGCUUUUAAAGUAUCGUAUGCUAUAAACAAGCAUAUGCUUACUCAUACAGGAGAGCGUCCUUAUAAAUGCGAAGUAUGCAAUAAAGCCUUUAGACGAUCGUAUCAUUUAAAACAACAUAUGUAUACUCAUACAAGGGAGUAUCCUCAUAAAUGUGAUGUUUGCGACAAAGGAUAUUGUUAUAGAAGUAUAUUGAUUAAACACAAAUGUUGCAAGUAUCUAAAAAUGUCUGAAGAAACAACUGUGUCUACGAAUUAUCAGAAAAUUAAAAUUGAACCCUCAGAUUUUCCAACCGAGAACUUUAACCGUGAAAUUGAAGAUGAAAAUGGUGGUUUAGAUGAUGUUGUUAAAUCCGAAUCGUGUUCAGAAGAUAUUGAAACGUGUCUGGAAAGAUUCAUGAAUUCCGAAGUGAGAGUUGAAGAAGAAGUCAAACAGGAGAUAAUUGAAACACCAGUUCUUAAGUGUGACCUCUGUAAUAAAUCAUUUAAAAAACCGCAAUAUUUGGAACAGCAUAUGGUAGUCCACAUGCCUAAUCAAAGAGAAAAAAGAUCCAACAAAUGCAAUGUGUGCAAUAAAACAUUUGAUCGGCCUUCUUUAUUGGCUAGACAUAGUGUUAUUCAUAGCACAGAACGGCCUUUCAAAUGCGAAAUCUGCCCAAAGAAAUUCAAACUAUCAAUCAGGUUAAAGUCACACAUGGUUAUACAUUCAACAGAACGUUCCUUUAAAUGUAAACUAUGCAAUAUGACAUUCAAUCAAAAGAGCUUAAUGAACAGGCACAUGAUUGUACAUACUGGAGAACGUCCUUACAACUGCAAAAUAUGCAAUAAGGCAUUCGGACAAUCAAAUGGCUUGGAUAGACACAUGCUUAUCCAUACAGGAGAACGGCCCUUUGAAUGCAAAAUAUGCAAUAAAACAUUCACACAAUCAACUACUUUGUCAAAGCACAUGCUCAUUCAUACUGGAGAGCGUCCUUUCAAAUGUGAAAUAUGCAAUAAGACAUUCAAUCAAAGCUGCAGCUUGAAUAAACACAGGCUUCUUCAUACCAGAAAAUAUACAUGUAAUUUAUGUAAAACCACUUUCUUGGAAUCAAGCAAAUUGACAAGACACCUGCGAGUUCAUAAAGGAGAAUCCCCUUAUGAAUGUUUAAUAUGUGGUAAAGGAUUUGGUGUACCAAGUGCUUUGAAACUACACAUGCGCAUUCAUACAGGGGAACGCCCUUUUAAAUGCAAAGUAUGCAAUCAGAAAUUUGCACGAAAAUAUUAUCUGAAAACGCACAUUAUCACUCAUACCAAAGAGCGUCCUUUCAAAUGUCAAAUAUGCAGUAAAACAUUCUCACAAUCGAGUGACUUGAAUAGGCACAUGCGCAUUCAUACAGGGGAACGCCCUUUUAAAUGCAAAGUAUGCAAUAAGACAUUCAGACAUUCAGGUACUCUGAAAAAACACACACAGAUUCAUUAAUGUGAAGUAUGAAAU